AUGCAGUGUCCUGGCUGUGGUGCACCUACGCCUCCCAAUGCUGCCAACAUGUGUGUCAACUGUAUCCGUAACGAAGUCGACAUCACUGAAGGCAUUCCCAAGCAAGCAACUCUUCAUUUCUGUCGUAAUUGCGAACGUUAUUUACAACCUCCCGGCUUGUGGGUCAAUGCUCAACUCGAAUCCAGAGAAUUAUUGACGCUUUGUCUCAAGAAACUCAAGGGCCUCAACAAAGUGCGUUUGAUCGACGCUGGUUUCAUUUGGACAGAACCUCACAGUAAACGUAUCAAGGUCAAGUUGACCAUCCAGAAAGAAGUUUUUGUCAACACCAUUUUACAACAAAUUUUCGAGGUCGAAUACGUAGUGUCUGGUCAGCAAUGUGAUGAAUGUACUCGUUUAGCUGCUCAGAACACCUGGAAGGCUGUUGUGCAACUCCGUCAAAAGGUUGAACACAAACGUACCUUUUUGUAUUUGGAACAGUUGAUUUUGAAGCACAAUGCACACAAGGACACAACCAACAUUAAGGAGACAAAGGAUGGUAUUGAUUUCUACUACGGUGCUCGUGGCCAUGCUAUCAAGAUGGUUGAAUUUUUGCAAGCUGUUGUGCCCAUGAAAUACAAAACCUCUGAACAGCUUAUUUCAAAAGAUAUUCAUACAAGUGUCAGCAAUUACAAAUUCACAUACUCUGCUGAAAUCGUGCCUGUUUGUAAAGAUGAUCUUGUCUGCAUACCCAAGAAAUUAGCCAACAACUUUGGCAACAUCAACCAAUUGCUGAUCUGUACACGUAUCAGUAACUCGAUUCACUUGAUGGAUGUCAACACACUAGCCAUGGCUGAUGUUUCUACCACACAAUACUAUCGUUAUCCCUUCAAUCCUUUGGGCAGUGCUAAAUCGAUGAUUGAAUACUAUGUGCUGGAUGUCGAGCCUCUUGGUCCCAUCAACGGUAAGAAGGUGCUUUGCGAUGUACAUGUCGCUCGUAUGUCGGAUUUUGGCCGCAAUGAUGAACAAUUCAUUGCUCGUUCUCAUUUGGGUGCCAUUUUGAGUCCUGGUGACACUGUGAUGGGUUAUGAUCUCGCCCGUGCUAACUUUAACAACGACGAUUUUGAUCACUUGAAUGCUGCUAAUUUACCUGACGUCGUGUUGGUUCGUAAAGCAUAUCCUGCUCGCAGAAAGAAGACUAGACAAAGAAACUGGAAGCUGCAACAAUUGGGCAAAGAGGUGGAUGAGAUGCUGCCCCGUAAACAAGAACAAGCCAAGAUUGAAAACGAUAUGGAACUCUUUAUGCGCGAUAUCGAAGAAGAUCCUGAAUUCAGAUCUACCAUCAACAUUUUCAAGAAUCAGAAUAACCCUGCCGCUGCUGCACCAGCUGCGCCAGCUGAUAACGAUGAAAUGACUGACGACGAUGGUUCAGAAGAAGAGUUCCCAGAAAUCUCUUUGGAAGAAAUGAUGGACGAAAUGGCUAUCAAUAUGGAUGAUCCCGAUCAUCAAGGUGAUGAAGAUGAGGAUAUGAUGCAAGAAUAA